CUCCCGAAACCUAAACUUCUUCUCACCCGAACCUCUCUUCUCCUCUCACGCUUGCGACGGCGCCGAUUCUGCCCGAGCGAAGAAAUACGAAGCCCUAGCUUCGUCUCCGGCGGCUGGCGAAGGCCUUCUUCCGGCGAACCUUGCGGAUCUGAGCUCCUCUCGUCGAAGAGAACGCGUGAGCACGAAAGAGAAGCCGAAGUCUUCAUCUCCCCGAAGCCCUAGCUGCUUUCUUCGGUUGUAAGUCCAAGAACAGCGAUUUAUCAUUGAAACAGGUCCAACAGGAUGGCUGACACUGAAGUGUUUAAAAGCAUUGAAUCAGCAACAAUGAUGCUUGAAGAACUUGCUAAGGCAUUUUCUGAUCUGGAGUCUCACUCUCACAUAAACUCAUCUACACAAAACAAGGUUAAGUGGGAUGAGAUCAAAGAGUAUUUUCACAGUCUUGAAAUUUCAUUGAAGGAUAAAUUGGAUGAAGUAAAGGCAAAGGAGAAGGUAUUUGAGGAAAAGCAAUCAGUAGCUCGUGCUUUGAUUGCUGAAAAGGAGGCUGUUGUUUCUGCAAAAGAACUUGCUUCAUUGGCCCGACUACAAGAGCUGAGGGACUCGGCUGUUUCAGCCAUAGCAGAUGCGCGGCAUAAGUACAAGGUGGAAUCUCCUGAGCCAAUUGAUACCAAGGUAAGCAAAUGGCAAAGGGUAGGCACCUCUUUUGAUGAUAAAAAUGCCCCAUCUCGUGCUUUGAAGGGGAAAAAUCCUGAUGAAGCAUCAGGUGAGGUUCAGCCUCAGUUGAAGGAACUUUGCGAAAAGAUGGAUGCAAAGGGACUUUUGAUGUAUAUCAUAGAUAUGAAGAACCGCACCAGAUUCACCACCUUACGUGAGGAACUUCCGUUAGCAUUGAAAUAUGCAAUUGAACCAGCCUCUUUAGUGCUUGAAUCUUUAGAGGGCUUUUAUCCUCUUGACCAACCUAGUUCACGAGGGAAUGAGGAUAAUACCCUUCAGGGUAUGCGCAGAAGCUGUCUCUUAUUGAUGGAAUCUGCUUCCCUUCUAUUUUGUUCAACAGAGCCAGGUGUUAACUACCUCUUGAGCUCUGAAAUUAAACAGAAGGCCACUGAAAUUGCCAAUAAAUGGAAGCCGAAGUUGGCCAGUUUAAACUUAGAUGCUUCUAAUUCAUUGGAAGCACAAGCAUACCUGCAACUGCUUGCUACUUUUAGCAUUGCACCAGAAAAUGAUGAGGACGAACUUUGCAAGCUUAUUGUAGCUGUCUCUAGUUGCAGGCAAGCGCCUGAGUUUUGCCGUUCUCUUGGAUUAGCACAUAAAGUACCAGACGUGGUUGAAGAGCUGGUGCAAAAGGGGAGGCAGAUUGAUGCAGUUCGCCUGAUACAGGCAUUCGAGCUAACUGAUAGGUUCCCCCCUGUGCCUUUAUUGAAGGCAUAUUCGGCGCAUUCCAAAGAUAUUGACAAAAGUAUUGGGGAGCUUGGCGCCCUCAGGACUGUGAUUAAAUGUAUUGAGGAGUACAAACUUCAGGAUGAGUACCCCUGUGAACCUCUACAGAAGCAAAUCGCUCAGCUUGAAAAGGCUAGAGCCUACAAGAAGCGAAUCCGGAAUGCCACCUUAAAGUUUCAUUCAAAGAAGCAUCGUCGGAGUGGACCUCAUCGCCCACCUCGCAGGUAUCCUCCUGCCGCCACUGAUGUCCGGCAGCGGCCGCCGCCACCACCACCACCUGCUGCAGUCGACCACAGGGGGACUUAUGCAGGAGUCAUGGCCACAACCACAAGGCGCCCAUACGAUGCUUCACCAGCUUAUGAAACACCCGCGCUCAGUGCAUACGGGCAACAAGCCCCUUCGCCAAGGUCAUAUCACUAUCCAGAUCAAAGAGCACCAACUGCAGCAUAUGGCAGCAUCUCAUCGAGCUUCCGAAGCUACCCGACCUCUGGAUUGCAUGCUGAUGAAGGAAUUCCCUCGGCGGCACAUGGCAGCAUUUUGUCCAGCUACGGGAGCUACCCAAACUACUCGAAUGCAGGAUUUCGUGCUGCUCCAAACAGCUAUGCGAAUUACAUGGGCACUGAACCACCACGACCGCCGCCGCCACUACAACAACCUGCCUCAUCGACCUAUGGGAGCUAUUCUGGCAUUGGCUAUCAGCCCCCACAUCAAUCUUAUAUGUGAACGAAUAGCUGUGGGGAACUUGGUUGAAUUGUAGCUGCUCAGUUAGUAUUUGUGGUGCAAACUUAAUGGAUCUUCAUGAUGAAUUUCUCUCUAGCCUCAAUUCAUUGAGCUCAUUAGUUAA